ACAUUACUGCAUACUACACUGCCCACCCAGGUUUACAUGACUAAGGAUCCCGUUGAACAAAACAAUUGCACAGACAUUGAAAGCUUCCUUAAAAAGUACUACUUAUCGGCGGCAUACACCACUGAAUUUGUCGUUGGAUUUCUUGGCAAUUGCGUUGUAUUAUUUGGAUAUAUUUUUUGCCUAAAAAACUGGUCAAGUGGAAGUGUAUAUCUAUUCAAUCUAUGCAUAUCAGACUUUGCUUUCCUCUGUACACUCCCGAUGUUGGUGUUCAGUUAUAUACACGAAGAAUGGACAUUUGGAGAUUUCCUGUGUAAAUGCAACAGAUAUUUACUUCAUGAAAAUCUGUACACAAGCAUCCUUUUCCUUGCCUUCAUCAGUAUUGACCGUUACAUGCUAAUAAAAUACCCCUUCCGAGAACACAUUCUCCAGAGGAAGAGUACAGCUAUUAUGAUAUCCCUUGGAAUUUGGAUUUUGGUGUCACUCAAGAUUUUGCCUAUUCUUUUUUUGGUAAAACAAGUCGAGGUCAACAAUGUCACCAUAUGCCUAGAUUUUGCAAGCUCUGGAGAAGCAUCCUGGAGCCUAGUUUAUAGCCUUUGUCUUACUUUAACUGGAUUUGUUAUUCCUUUAUGUGUAAUAUGGAUCUUUUAUCUGAAGAUGAUGUGUUUUUUAAAAAAUAGAAAUAAGGAGCUGACAAAUGGGGCUUCUUUUGAGAAGCCUGUAACAAUUGUAGUCCUUGCAGCAACUAUGUUUUCCAUUUUCACUCCAUACCAUGUCAUUAGAAAUGUAAGAAUUGCAUCUAGGACAGACUCAUGACACUCAUGGACACCUAUGAUUAUAAGGUCAGCAUUUAUAAUUGCAAGACCAAUAGCUUUUUUAAACAGCAUGAUUAACCCAGUGUUUUAUUUCCUUAUGGGUGACCACUUUAGAGAAAUGUUAUUAGCCAAAAUCCAAAGCUUAUAUAAAUCUCUAAAGUGCACCAUUAAUUCAAGAUGGGCUUAAUUAACUUUUUCUGCCAUUAAUCAUGCACUAUUUUAUAUGGAUAUGUUGCUGGCUGCUAAUUUUUCUUCUCAUCAAGUAAUGGAAUUUCAUUUAUAUAUCAAAGGAGAACUAUAACUCAACAAAGAUUUUGUUUGGAAAUGCCAAUGUUUUGGGCUUCUGCAAUAGCCCUGGGUCUCUUACAGUGAUUGCACUCCAAUAAAAUAUCUGGUAUGGCACCUAAGCAGUACAAAUCACAGUA